CGCCUCCCGCCCGCUCCACAGCGCCAGCUCGGCAGGAGCGGGGCGUGAGUCUCUAGUGAGACCCGCCAGGUUCCAACUCCGCAGAGCCGGAUCUCGGCGGGCAGCAACUUUCUCCCCGGAGCGGUCGCAGCGGCGGCUGCUGCCGCGGCAUCCGGACCGGGAACCGGGAGGAGGAAGGCGGCGUCGGUCGCUCCCGCCAGCACAAGCUGUCCAGCCCUCCGAGGGCGCCGGCCCGCGGAGCCUCGUCCCCCCCGGGAAGCCCCGGGCCCCUGCUGCCCUAUGUCCCGCAAGGCGAGCGAGAAUGUGGAGUACACGCUGCGGAGUCUGAGCAGCCUCCAGGGCGAGCGGCGCAGGAAGCAGCAGGAGCCGGACACGGCGAGCGCGGCCGGGGAGCGCAGCCUCCUGGCGGCCGCCGAGUCGAGCAGCAGCCUGCAGAGUGCGGGCGCGGGCGGCGGCGUCGGGGACCUGGAGCGCGCGGCGCGGCAGCAGUUCCAGCAGGACGAGACCCCCGCCUUCGUGUACGUGGUGGCGGUCUUCUCCGCGUUGGGCGGCUUCCUGUUCGGCUAUGACACCGGGGUGGUGUCGGGGGCCAUGCUGCUGCUCAAGCGGCAGCUCAGCCUGGACGCGUUGUGGCAGGAGCUGCUGGUGUCCAGCACGGUGGGGGCGGCCGCCGUCUCGGCACUGGCCGGCGGGGCCCUCAACGGUGUCUUCGGCCGCCGGGCCGCCAUCCUGCUCGCCAGCGCGCUCUUCACCGUCGGCUCCGCGGUGCUGGCCGCGGCGAACGGCAAGGAGACCCUGCUCGCCGGCCGCCUGGUCGUAGGACUUGGCAUCGGCAUCGCUUCUAUGACAGUGCCAGUGUACAUCGCCGAGGUCUCACCCCCCAAUUUAAGAGGCCGAUUGGUCACCGUUAAUACCCUCUUCAUCACUGGAGGGCAGUUCUUUGCAAGCGUUGUUGAUGGAGCCUUCAGUUAUCUCCAAAAGGAUGGAUGGAGGUACAUGUUGGGACUUGCAGCGAUUCCAGCAGUUAUACAGUUUUUUGGCUUUCUCUUUUUACCUGAAAGCCCUCGAUGGCUCAUUCAGAAAGGACAGACUCAAAAGGCCCGUAGAAUUUUGUCCCAGAUGCGUGGUAAUCAGACCAUUGAUGAGGAAUAUGACAGCAUUAAAAACAACAUUGAAGAAGAGGAAAAAGAAGUCGGUUCAGCUGGACCUGUGAUCUGCAGAAUGCUGAGUUAUCCCCCGACUCGCCGAGCUUUAAUUGUGGGUUGCGGCCUACAAAUGUUCCAGCAGCUCUCAGGCAUUAACACUGUCAUGUACUACAGUGCAACCAUUCUGCAGAUGUCUGGUGUUGAAGACGACAGACUCGCGAUAUGGCUGGCUUCCGUUACCGCCUUCACCAAUUUCAUUUUCACACUUGUGGGAGUCUGGCUGGUGGAGAAAGUGGGCCGCAGAAAGCUCACCUUCGGUAGUUUAGCGGGCACCACCAUAGCCCUCAUCAUUCUUGCUUUGGGAUUUCUGCUGUCAGCCCAGGUUUCCCCACGCAUCACUUUCAAACCAAUAGCGCCGUCAGGUCAGAACGCUACAUGCACAAGAUACAGUUACUGCAAUGAAUGUAUGUUGGAUCCAGACUGCGGUUUCUGCUACAAGAUGAACAAAUCGACCGUCAUUGACUCCUCCUGUGUUCCCGUAAAUAAGGCAUCUACAAAUGAGGCAGCCUGGGGCAGGUGUGAAAAUGAAACCAAGUUCAAAACAGAAGAAGUAUUUUGGGCUUACAACUUCUGCCCAACUCCAUACUCUUGGACUGCACUCCUGGGCCUUAUUCUAUACCUUGUUUUCUUCGCACCUGGAAUGGGACCGAUGCCUUGGACUGUGAAUUCUGAAAUAUAUCCCCUUUGGGCAAGAAGUACAGGAAAUGCGUGCUCAUCCGGAAUAAAUUGGAUUUUCAAUGUUCUGGUUUCUCUGACAUUUUUACACACAGCAGAAUACCUUACAUAUUAUGGGGCCUUCUUCCUGUAUGCUGGAUUCGCUGCUGUAGGACUCCUCUUCAUCUAUGGCUGUCUUCCUGAGACCAAAGGGAAAAAACUGGAGGAAAUUGAAUCACUCUUUGACAACAGGCUGUGUACAUGUGGCGCCUCAGAUUCUGAUGAAGGAAGAUACAUUGAAUAUAUCCGGGUAAAGGGGAGUAACUACCAUCUUUCUGACAACGAUGCUUCUGAUGUGGAAUAAUUUUCAACUGCUGAUAUCUGUAGUUAUUUUUAAAACCUUGGGAGAAAAGAGCAGCUAUUGGUGACCUCACUGCCCUGCUUCUAAUCUGGUUCUUUCCACUUCCACAGUCUAGUUUUGAAUGACUUCAUAUUCUAGAAUCUUUGAUGAGGAGCAAGAUGAUAACCAUGUUGACAUUUUUUUCAUAAGCAGAAAUGUAAAAAAAAUAUUUACAGAGCUUUUAAAAUAAGAAUCAUUGAACAAAUUGUGUAAUUCCUUCCAGAGAUAGUCUAAAAUGAUUAUUGUAUCCAAUGACUUCAGUGGUAUCUGUUUAUCCUAAAACCAUAUAUAAUCAUUAGUGGCAGCUGAGUCAUUGCUGCUCUCACUGCAUCAUAUACAUAUGAUAGAAAGAAGGAUUCUAGGAUAUGGACUAAGGAUUGUUGUCUAUCAAAACAUGUUGGCCCUAAAUUUUCCUAAGGACAAGUAUCGUACCUGUGAUCAGCUGUUAGAAAGGAAAUUCCAUUUAAGCUUUCAACAAAUUAAAAAGUGCCUCCUACAAGGGCACAGCUGUCUUAUCUCCUUCAAAUUCCACGUUUUGUUCCUCUCUCCAGUUCGGAUCUUGAGAGUUCUUCAGAAACUGACUCUGCACAGAAUCUUUUGGACAUUAUGAAAAGCAGGUCUUUUAGGGUAUAUUUUCAUACAUAUUUUUUUGCAUCAGUGACAAGUGUACAUUUGCACAGAUAAGCUAGCAAGUUUUGAUAAGUAUAUUUUAUUGCUAGAAAGAGAAAAGAUUUUUAUGGAUCCCUAAUUGAGUUAGUCACUUAGGUAUGCAACUAUAAAUAAAAAUAGCACUAGAUCUUUAACUGCAUUUCAGGGUCAGUUUUUGUUCAUGCCAAAAUCACCUGAUACUCACCAUGCCUUUGCUAACCAACUUCUUGAGUCCUACUAUUUGUGCCUUCAUUUGUGUUCUAUAAAUAGCUGAUAGCAGACUACUUUCCCCUUCUUUCAUUCAAAUAAUCUCUGAAACAAAAAAGGCAGGAAAUCAAGUGACAAAAAAUCCUGCUGCUGCUAUUUAAUUAAAUAGUAGGACUUACUUUUAACUUAUUUUAACUUUUUAUUACCAUACUUUGCCGUAUAUAAUGCACUCCCAUGUAUAAUGCACACCCAUGUUUUGGGCCCAGACUUUAAGGAAAAAAAUCUUUCAUUUUAAUUUUUUAAUUCAAUUUUUAUAUUUAUAUUUAGAAACAAAACUGAUCAUUGUAUUCCAGGGUGUUAUUUUGCAUACUGAUACCAUUAUUGCUUUCUAGAAUUACACUUUUAAUGCAUAAGCAUAAAUAAAAUAAUUAAAAACAUUUAUACAGAUAUGGAAUUAGUACUACCCAUAUAUAAGGCACAUCCUUAUUUUUCCCUCAAAAACUUGGGUAAAAAAGUGCAUAUUACACACGGCAAAAUAUGGUAAUCUUCCUAAAAAAUUCUCAUUUUUUUACUUAACACUACUUGUCUUUUGUUACUCUGAGAACAUAAACUGAUUUUCAUUUUGUAAAUCCUUUCUCAGUUUCCAUGAAAAGUUACUCCGCACACU